UCGUAAUCAAUUUAUUCAUCGUGUGUUUUUAUUUCGUUUAUUUCAAAUCCGUCGUUCUUACGAAACAUGGGGAUCUUAACCGCUCUGAGAAAUGUCGAUGAGAGCAAAAUCGGCGUUUGCGGUGAAAUCAGGGAUUCGCAGGGCCGUUGAGGCGGAAGGAAUACCGCACACUUUGGUUGCGAAUUUCUUCUUCAGCGGUUACUUCCUUCCGAAUUUGGCCCAGCCUGGUUCACAAUCUCCCCCCACAGACAAAGUUGUUAUUCUGAGCGAUGGCACUGCCAAAGGCAAGUUGCUGCUAAACUGUCAUCCUUCAUUGAAAACCCGAACGGUCAAACCGGCUAUCCAAAUCCUUUCCUCGCCUAUCGCCGUGUUCUUCUGUUCCGGACGCCGCCAGAGUCAGCCUUCUCCUCCGUUGUGCGCAAACAGCGGUAGCGGAAGGAAGAGCAGCGAGCGACAAAUUUUCGUUCGUGGCAGCGGCGACGGUUCUCCUCGACCUUUGAUUUCGAUUCCUUCGGUUAAGCGAGGAUUGAAAUUGGGUGACGUCUUCGCGAGCCGGCGAAACACCGGCGUCGGGCUGGCAGGGACUGCUGGACGGUCAAUUGGACUCCAUUGGGUCCAGUUGAGUUUUGGCUUUAGGGCGGCCAUUGGUUCUAUUCGGAUUCCAAUUGGUACAAUCUGGGUUAUUUGGAUAUGUUGGACCAAGUUGUAUUUACUGGAUUUCUGUUGGAUGAUUUUGGACGGAUUUAGGCCGAUUGGGCCAGCUGCCCGGGGGUUGCAGCGGGGUAUCCUGGCGGUGGGCAGCCGCUUGGCGGGUUCAGGAUUUUGGGUUGGCGUUCGUACUGUUUUGGCAGGGGAAACGGGCCUGAGGAUAGAAUCCCUUGUCCAGAAUUUGUGACACAGGUAGGUUUAUUUAAUGUUACUUGAAUUUUACCUUGUUGUUUGAGCAUGACAAUAAUCGGUGAGACGUGAUUCUUCUGAUAGGCCGCCGAGUAUACUGUUCUGGUUACGUGAAUUGUUAUGAGCUUACUGGUGUUUCUGUUGUAUUGUGAACUCUGUUGAGAAUAGGCCACCUAGAAUAUCUAGGCGGAUGAGAAACUAAAUUGAAUAUCUAGAACACCAAUAGGACUUGUUAGGUUCGGGCCAUGUGGAGCAUGUUUGCAUAUCCAGUGGCCAAGGGUUCAAAAUGUACGCAUGAGAGUCACAGUCUUACCUUUGGGAUUCCUUGGUAGGGACUCCAACCCGCCAAUUGAGGAUCCUUUUUGGGUUUGUUUGAGCAUUGGCCUUGAGGGAUCCGCUCUAGCGCCUGUAACUCUAGUCUAUUGAUCUAAGCCUUACUUUGAACAAUAAUGUUGUCUAUUUACAUAUACUAUUGUUUCCUCAUUGUGUAUGAAUGUGGUAUCUAUGAAUUAAUUCUAGCGUUAGAUAUAUUCUCACUUAGCUUUCAGCCGAGCAUGCAGUCUUUGUUGUCUUUGGUAUUUUGUUGAAGCUACUCCUGGAGGGCAACGAGACGGAAGGGGAUGUUCUGGAUGUAGAAUUGUUAGUCGUUAAUGGACUGAUUUGUUCUAAUGAUAUGGUAUGAUUU